GACUUCGAAAUCCAAAAAAAAAACAAAAAGCAAAAAACAAAAAAUAAAAAAUAAACAAAAACAUCAAAAACCUCUUUUAUUAUUUAUUAUACUCUGCUUGAAAUCCAAAAUAUUCUAAGCUUCACUCUCUCACUCACCACCAUGCAAAACCCUUCGAGACCAGCGCCGGCGGUGGGCUACCCACCCGCAAACGGUUACCCUCCGCCGCAAACCGGCGCCGCUUACCCUUACAACGCGCCUUACUACCCGAACCAACCCUACGCGCCGCCGUACAACAACCAGCCCUACCGCGCGUCGUCGUCACGCGCCUUCGUGCGCACCUUCCUCAUAGCGAUGAUCGUCGUCUUCAUAUCCAUGGGCGUGAUCAUCUUCAUCCUCUGGCUCGUCCUCCGCCCUCGCCUCCCUGAGUUCCGAAUCGACUCGCUCUCCCUCACCAACUUCUCCACCUCCAACACCUCCGUCUCCGGCAACUGGAACGCCCGGUUCUCCGCCUACAACCCUAACAAGAAGCUCUCCAUCUACUACGACGCCGUUGACUCCAUGCUCUUCUGCAGGACCGAGUUCGUCGCCGAGACCCGAAUCCCUCCCUUCAAACAGUCCAAGCGGAACCAAACCUUCGUCGACGCUUCCUUCGCCGCCAGAGACGCCUACGUGGAAAGAAGGGCGCUCGGCGACAUCAACGCGGACAGGACACGUGGCACGCUCUAUUUCAACGUGAAGCUUCUGGCUAGGGCUGAAUUCAAAACUGGUGGUUGGAGAGCGAGGAAUAAGAUUGUUAGGGUUUGGUGCCAAUCUUUGCCUGUUUCUAUCUCUUCCUCAAAUACCAGUGCCUCCGGGUCAGGGAAGCUCGGGGCACCAAAGGAUUGCCAGGUUGGUCUGUGAGCUCUAAUUCGCUUUGUAAUAGUUUUAGUCUUUAGUUGAUUUGGGCUCACUUGGAUUAAUUUCAAAUAAAUUUAUGAUACGAGCAAUCAAUGGUAGUUUACGUGUA